GCGGGGCGAGGCGAGGCGGCGGCGCGGAGUGGAGCGGAGGAUGCUGUGGCGGUCGUGGAGGGAGAGGGAGCGGGAGCAGCAGCAGCAGCAGCGGCAGGCGGAGGAGCGGGGAGCGAUGCGGUAUUGUGCGGCGGGGCCCUGGCCGCACAGCGGGGGAGCUCUCACCACCCUCCUGCUGACAGCUUUUUUGUUAAGCUCUGCUGAUGGCAAUAAUGGAACAGUUAACUGGACGACUAAGCAAGCCCACAGUUAUAUUAUCAGCAGAAUAAAGGCUGUUGAGAAGAAUGUGUACACGAUUCUGUCUAAGGUGCACUCUGAUCGGAAUGUAUACCCUUCUGCUGGAGUUCUUUUUGUUCAUGUUUUGGAGAGAGAGUACUUUAAGGGGGAGUUUCCUCCUUACCCAAAGCCUGGUGAAAUAAGUAAUGAUCCUAUCACAUUUAAUACCAACUUAAUGGGCUACCCAGACAGACCUGGAUGGCUACGCUAUAUACAAAGGACACCAUACAGUGAUGGAGUGCUCUAUGGCUCACCAACUGUAGAAAAUGUGGGGAAACCAACCAUCAUUGAGAUCACUGCAUAUAACAGGCGUACCUUCGAGACAGCAAGACAUAAUUUGAUCAUUAAUAUAAUGUCAGCGGAAGAUUUUCCUUUACCAUAUCAAGCGGAGUUCUUCAUAAGGAAUAUGAAUGUUGAAGAAAUGUUAGCAAGUGAAAUUCUUGGCGACUUUCUUGGAGCAGUGAAAAAUGUGUGGCAGCCAGAACGCUUGAAUGCUAUAAACAUUACUUCAGCUCUCGAUAGGGGAGGGAGAGUUCCACUACCUAUUAAUGACAUGAAGGAGGGUGUGUAUGUUAUGGUUGGGGCAGAUGUUCCAUUCUCUUCGUGCUUACGAGAAGUGGAAAACCCACAAAACCAGCUGAGAUGCAGUCAAGAAAUGGAGCCUGUAAUAACCUGUGAUAAAAAAUUUCGUACUCAAUUCCAUAUUGACUGGUGUAAAAUCUCUCUGGUUGACAAUACAAAACAAGUUUCCACCUUUCAGGAAGUGAUUCGUGGAGAGGGGAUAUUACCUGAUGGUGGAGAAUACAAGCCACCUUCUGAUACACUGAAAAGCAGAGACUAUUACUCGGAUUUCCUAAUUACACUGGCAGUGCCCUCGGCAAUAGCACUGGUGCUUUUUCUAAUACUUGCCUAUAUCAUGUGCUGCCGACGGGAAGGAGUGGAAAAGAGAAACAUGCAAACACCAGACAUCCAGUUGGUCCACCACAGUGCUAUACAGAAAUCAACCAAAGAGCUUCGUGACAUGUCUAAAAAUAGAGAGAUAGCAUGGCCUCUUUCCACGCUUCCUGUGUUUCACCCAGUUACUGGUGAGAUUGUGCCGCCCCUUCACACGGACAGCUACGAUAAUACCAGUAUGCCACUGAUGCAAACGCAGCAGAACCUGCCACAUCAGACGCAGAUUCCACAGCACCAGAGUGCAGGAGAAUUUCGUAUGACAACAUUUCAAAGAUUUGAGGUAAAUGGUAUUCCUGAGGAAAGAAAACUAACAGAAGCAAUGAAUUUGUAAUCAGAGAAGGCAGCAAAUUGUCAUAUUUCCUUAUUUGUUCUGAUUGAUGCAUGAGUUUUUCUGGUGUAUAUUGUGCAUGCUCACAGUAUUAAGAUGAUUUCAGUGCCAGAGAGUACAAUCACUUCCAUAUAACUGACGUACUGUAUCCUUUUGUACUUUGGACAUUUUUGACAAUUUGUAAACACUGAUAACUUUUUAUAUUUGUUACAUUCAGAAAAUAAUCUUUCAAAUAUAUGUAUUAAUAAAUAUAAAACUUUAUUCUGUCUUGUGAUCUCUCCUGAAAGUUUUAACGGGGAAAUCAAAACUUCACAAUAAGCACCAGGUUCAAAGGAUUUCAGACUCUGUUCAGUAGGAUAAUUGCCUUACAUUUGCACACAAAAAGCAGUAGUGUACAAGCAUGAAAACUUGUGCAAUAUGAUGAGGCUCAGAAAUAGUAUUCCAGAUUUAUUAGGCAUUAAUUUCGUAGAGAUUAUCAAAAUGUAAUCAGCAAAGUUAUUUUGGAAAAAAAAAAAAAAAAAAGAAAAAAAGCCUCAAAACAACGACCUAAAACUAUUCCUAUUGAAAAUUGGAUUUCUGUUCCUUUACCAGAUAUUUUAACCUAUUUGACAACUUGUAAGCAAUUAAACAUUUAAAAUCUGUCCAUUCAUUCAUCUGGUUAUGUUAGAAGAAACUGUUACAAACUACUGUAGGCAGAAAUUAAUGUCUGCAAUAAACAAGGGUAAAUUUUGUUACGGUAUACAUGGACUAACUCUUUAAAAACACUCUCCAAAAAAUUUUUUGUGAUAUUCCUGAUGCAGUUUGUUUUUUAUAUCCUCCACAUUCUUUACCCUAUUCGGAGCAAAAAGAGCUGUGGGAGAACUAGGUAACCAAUAAACCAAGGAUUAUUUUUUAGCAUCUUAAAAAAGAGUUGAUUAAGCCCAUACUUUCCUGGGAGGUGGCUACUUUGAGAGGCAGUUGUCUAUGCAGCUGAAAGCUUAAUAAUACGAACUUUGUUAAAAGGAUCUGAACUGAGGUUUCCUUAUUUUUCGAUAGGUGGUGGUAAUUUAUCUCCUGACACUGUUUUGCAUAUUUUAAAUUAUUAUUAUUCUUUAAAUCCUCAAAUACAGCAUAAUACAAGACUUCAGGGUCUCCAGCUGUAACAGGGCACACCAACAGCUCUUGAGGUUUUACCUCAAAGCAUCAUUCUGUUUUAAGCUGACACUUAGGCUUUGUCUUUUUUCUGCAAUAUUUUCUCUUUCAGAAGCUGUAUGUUCAUCAGGACGUUUUAUUGUAAGCAGAAAGCUGUGCCUGCUUGACGAUUGCUAAAUGCCAGCUACAUUUCCUUAGCUGAGGUUUCUGAGGUCUUUGCUAGGAGAAAUUCUGAGUAAUUUAGGAGUUUAAGACUGAGGCUAAAAAGAAACUGUAAACCAAAGUUAUUAGAGUUUGUAGAAAGACCAAAGUAGUCACUGGAUUUUUUCUUUUUUUUUUUUUUUUUUUUUUUUUUUACAGUUAUGACCCUCUUCCUUCACAUCGCAAACCCUUAUUUUGUUUGCUUAAAAAUGAACAUAGUGAUGUGUUUAUAGGCUUGGACCUGAACGCAACACUUCAGCAGAUACUUAAAACGAGUCCUGAGCUGUUUUUUAGGCACAUUUUGUGCAACAAGUAUAAUUAUUGCAUCAAAGUACGCAACAAGUGCUCAGAACACUGUGUGUACUUUAUAUUGUCAAGCCUUAAAUGUCCCGACCUUGCAAGGCUGCCCUAAAUGCUAAGCACACCCUACAGAAUAUGCUAACAAAUGCAUCUAGCCAUCGGAACCGUGCUGGUGGCAGUUACACUAAGAGAAAUGGCUCAAGCUAGGCAUAGAAAUUGAAAAACUACAUCAGUUUGUGAAACAGUUGGAAUAAAGAGCCAUUCCUACUCACUUUCAAAGUGGCCUGAGUCACAGCUACCUCAUCCAGGCAGUAGCAAGGAAGACUUUCAUCAGCCAGUCAGCCUUCUGAGAGACCCCCUCCUUUCUUCCAGUAGCUUGGAUGGUGAUCGGUGAGAAGUGAAUUGGAAAACUGCAUGCUGAGUUUUAUAGUAAAUUAAAAAUCUACUUCUCUUAUCCAGGCUGUGAAAAAUUUGAGUACAAUCAGCAUUUGGUUUCUGCUAGUUUCCACUACUGUUUUCAAAUGUAUGAGCUGUCAGUGCUCUGAAACAGAAAUGAAUGGAAUGGAUUUUAAAUAAUGAUUUUUAAUGCAACGUAAGACUAAACUUUGUAAAUAGUAUUGGGUUUGGAUGCUAACCAUUUCUGAUAACUUGAGGAUGACGUGACAAUCAAUUAAAUACCAGUUGAGCUGCUUCUAUCUUAUUUGCAUUAAUAUGUAAGAGUGCCAAUACCUUUAAGGAAAUUUCUUAAACUGUUAUGUACAUGCAUAAAGAAUCAGUUUAUACCAGUGGGUGGUCCACCUAAUCUGAAAUAAAUCUAAUGAUGUCAGUGACUUCAGUAUUGAGCACACCUGAACUAUUUUAUGAUUGAAAGCCAUAUUCAUUUGAGGUAAGUUUAAAACCAAAUUAUUUAUUUUUACUUAUCAAAAUAAUUACUGUGGAAGCAUAGAUUUAUAAAGCUGGCUAAAGAGUUAGUUAAAAGUGCUGAUAGUUACAACAGUAAAUUCACAGCUCCUUUUAACGGUGUACGAUGAUAGUAUGAACCGAUACUGUAUUAAGUGACAGUUGCAACCAAAUUAAAGAGAAGGCACUACAAAUGUCUUUGUAAAUAUAUGAAAUGUAAAAUCUAAUAAAUAGGAAGACAUUAA